AAUUCUUUUCAUAGCAGCCAUGGAAGAAGACCAAGAAAACAUGCUCAAAAAGCUUGAACAGAUGAAAAAAGAAUAUGCCAGAAAACAAAGGAAACUUGAGAAAUCUGUUCGAAAGUCUAAAGCCAAGGCACAUGUUAAACAGAUAUUACAAAAGCAAGAGAUUCUACGUAGCAAAGAGACGGAACAGGAAGAUUUCAAAAAUCAAAUGAAGGAGCCGGACAGGAUCACUACCCCUAACGAUCAGGACAAUACCUCAAAGACAAAAAAUAACCCAAGAACAGACAUAGAAUCACCAAAGGUCAUUGCUAGUGAUAAAAACCUAGCUCUCAAAACACCAGUUUUAUCAGAAAAUUCAGACAAAGGUGAUUUUAUGAUAUGUGAUAGCAAGACUUUGAAAAGAAGUGAGGAAGAUGAUAUCAUCGUUGGACCCCGCGGAGACUCAGAACAAAGUGCUUCCUCACGAAAUUUUCCAUCAUCUUCAGAAUCAACAGGAAAUGGCAAGAAAACUUUGUCUCUUAAAGCCAGGCGAAGAAAAACUUUGAGUCCGAACACUUUUUCAAGCAACAGAAGUAAGGUACAAGUGGAAGAGAUACCUUGUUCAGAAGGAAUCAUCAAGUCCAUUCAUAUUCCUGAUGAUGAAGAUGUGGUUGAAAAUAAUGAUACCAGGGACAAACAUAUGAACAGUUUGGAAAUAAAGCAGCUUUCAAACGAGACCAAAUUAACAGAAAAGCUCAAACCAUCUGAGAGUGAAUCAUCUAUAGACUUAUUCCCCUCAUCCUUUGAAGGCUGUGAAAAAAUCAAAACCAGAAGAAAAAGAGGAAGACCUGCUAAAUGUCGAAGAGCUUCACUUCCUGCCCAGACCAAGACAUCUCUACUUCCUGCCAAUGCCAGGAAUUCAUCUGAGUCACAGGACAGUCAGGAAUUAGAAACACUAAUGUUGGUUCAGGAGAGUUUAGGACUGUGUAGUCCAAUAGAGAAGAGGAAGACCAGACGUUCUCGUUCCUGUCAACCCAUUCUUCUGUCUUCUGUUUUCCAGUUCAUUAUUGAUGAUGCCAAGAGAGAUCAAGAAGAGAAGGAUUUUGUAUUGCCAACACACACAUUUGGAGAUCUUAUGGAGACAAAAGAUUUGCAUAAAUUCAAUGAUGGAGCAGAAUCUUAUGUUGAUGAUCAGGAGAAUAAAAUGAUUAAAAUCAUAAACCAAGACAAAGAAAUUUCCAUGAAAGAGGAAAUGCUGGAUGAUACAGAACAAACACCUUCUUCAGUUUUCCUAGACUCCAAGCAAACUGUGUUUGAACAUUGUGAAAAACCACAAAAAGGAGAGUUUAUGUCACAUCCGGUUGAACAACAAGGUGUUAAAGUUCUUAGUGAGUCAACUUCAUUAGGUAAACGUUUUGAAGAAUCAAAGUCUUCUCCGAAGAGCAGAAAGAGUUUGGUAAAGGGACAUCAUUCAAACUUGAAUGGCAUUGCAGAGUUAGUUUCAAAGGAUUCUGAAAAAGAAAAUGCUUUGAAGGAGUCUCAUAUGAAUUUAGAAAUACAUGCAGAGCUCAGUGUUAAAGAAAAUGAUGGAAGUACAGAAACGGAUUCCUCAAAGAUUUAUGAUGAACCAAUUUGUUCAGAACCCCAAGGAUCAGAAAAGACUGCAGCGUCACAAGAGGGUAAAGAAAAUGGCCAGACAGAAGAGGACCUGAAUAGCAGUCUGGGAUCUGACCAACAAACAGAGAGUGAUGAUGAAAACUUUGGAGACAUUCUCAGAGAAAAAAUGGCUAUACAGUUUCCCACAGAUGACCCAGUGAUGCAAACUCAUAUUACAGUUUUUCCUUUAAACAAGAAGAAGACGGAGGUGAUAGUUUGUCUGUGUAAGAAAUCUAUAUCUGUGUGGGCCUUGCAGUGUGAACAGUUUACCUGCCUCCAAAAGUGGAGUUUCCCUGAGGAUCAAACAGCAAUAGGAGGAGAUCUCAUGCUUCCAAGGUCAUCUGAAAUCCGAUUUGCAGCCAUUUUAGGAAGCUCUAAUAAGACCCAGUUGUAUUCUGCAGUUUUCCAAGAGGACCAAGCCUUCCCUUUGUUUGAAAUAACCGAUAUUCCAACUCCAUCUCAUUUGAUUCAUGUAUGUGCUGUAAAAUUUAAUGAGGUUGUUAUUUCUCAAUCUGACUCUCCCAACACAAUAAAGUUAUCAAAGUACGUUAUGGACUCCGAUGUAAAGAAUUUGUCAGAAACCAGAAAUCUGGAAGAAACAUCUGGUGUCCUAGACAAUGUGUGUGGCAUCCAGGGGCAGCAACAAGCUGUAGCAGGAUACACUAAAGAUGGUCUUCUUCAUGUUUGGAAUCAUGAAUUAGGAGCUCUUGUUUUAACAGUUAAUUUGGCUGUGUACUGGCCCCAUCCCUCACACCUUGUUGCUGUGCUUCAAGAAAAAGGCUAUCUAUUUUGUCCGCUGAUGGCUAAUUCUGACUGUUUCCUAGCCGGCUGUAUAAUGUUGGUGAACCCCACAAACUGUCAAACCAAAGUCUUGUUUCCAUUGAACAGCAAAAAGUGGAAAGGAUGCAGUAGAGCCUUUUAUAUGGAUGAUUACAUUGCAGCAGUGAAUAAAUCUGGUUCUCUACAUAUAUGGGACAAGUUUAGUGGAGAAAUGGUGUCAUGCAUGGAGAAUACUGAUGUUUUAGGAAUGUGUAAUCAUAAAAGUAACAUAUUCUUAAGCAGAGAACAUUGUAUACAUUGUUUUACAUUAAAAUGUUAG